UCUCCCUCAUAAAUUUCAUGGAAACAGCAGCGCUCUUCCCUCCAAAACCCCAAUGUUUGAUGACCCCACUAAUCGCCUUUAAACCAGCGCCACCGCUCCUCCUCCGCCUCACUCCAGCCGCAUUUAGGCUUUUUGCCUCCGCCGUAGCCCCCAGCACGAGCACUGGUGCCCCCGAAGUAGUAACAGUUCCAGAACCCUCUAGGCGGAAACCCAGAUCAAAUGGCGGUACAAGGGGUAGCACGAGGGUUAGAAAGGUGAGUGUAGAUGCACACCAGCUCAGAUUGAAUUGGCUGGAUUCUCUCUCUUGCCCUUUGCCAGAAAAUGAUGAGAAUCGGGAUGCGAAGGACUCCGACUGCUGCAGGGCGGUGUCGGAUUGGGUCGUUGGGGUCGACCCGGAUCUUUCUGGAGCUUUGGCCGUUUUGAAGCCCGAUAAUUCUCCUCAGGUGUAUGAUUCGCCUCACUUGAAAGUAUUGGUUGGCAAAAGAAUCCGGAAACGUCUAGAUGCAAAGUCUAUUGUUCAAUUGCUUCAAAGAAUUGAUGCUCCAACUGGAACCACUGUGUAUAUAGAGCAAUCAAUUCCAUAUCCUCAAGACGGCAAACAGGGAUGGUGGAGUGGAGGAUUUGGAUACGGAUUAUGGAUCGGGAUCCUAGUUGCCUCGGGAUAUUCUGUGGUUCCAGUUCCAUCAUUGUUGUGGAAGAAUGAGUUUAAACUCACGGGGAACCGCUCAAGCAAGGACGACAGCAGGGAGCUUGCCACUACUUUAUUUCCCUCUAUGAAUUCCAUGUUGAAAAGGAAGAAAGAUCAUGGUCGCGCUGAGGCUCUGCUAAUUGCUGCAUAUGGUAAAGGGCUGAAGGUGAACCUUGAUUCUUCACCCAUCUUGGAAGACCCAAUGCCUUAGAAACAAGAAAUUUCCAUGCAGCACAAUUAGACGCCAGAUCUAGCUGCUAGUUGCUUAAAUAUUGGCAGUUACCUUGGUAAAUAACAAGUAAGGUUACUUAGGCAAGAAACUGGUCAUUUUCGUACUUUACUGGCUCCCUCUAUAUCUUCAUCACAUCUUAUACAUUUUUUGAGGGGGAUAAAGCUCCAAUUUUGCCGGAAACCAGAGAAAAUUCCCCCUUUGAUUUUGCUAUGAUGUAGGUAAUCAUUAGGGGUUUUUAACACUCUCUUUAUCAACCUUGUGGAUAGGAUUGUGCUAGUUUUAGUGUGCUAGAGUUAUUUCUGGAAACUAGUUAUCCCUUGUACUAGAAAAAGAUCUACAAUGUUGUAAAGUAGUUGUAAAAGCAUUGUUGAAUCAAGGUUUCUUUCCAGAAGUGAAAUAUCAUUUAGUAGGACGGCC